AUGCUGUCGACCUGUGAAGGUGUAUCAGCCGCAGAAGGUAAGGAGCCGGCGGGGUCAGCGAGACAAAGCAGCGGGCACAGAGGCGAACAAAGCCGGGAGGAGAGACUACAGGGACCCGGGGUUCAGGAGUGGCUCGACGGAUCCAGAUAUGAGGGAGAAUUUGUGAAUGGAUUGAAACACGGCAAAGGAAGGUACACCUGGGUAAAUGGAGAGUUCUACGAGGGCUUUUUCUACAAAGACUACAAGCAUGGUGAUGGACUGUACUGCUGGCCCACAGGGCACAAGUUCACUGGCAAGUUUUACCUGAACAGGAAAGAAGGAUACGGACGACAAAUGUUUCCUGAUGGAGCCACCUUUCGGGGUUUGUACCAUGCAGACCAAAAGUUUGGUCCAGGUGUGGUUAGUGAUCCAGACGGUUGUGAGGAUGUGGGUCUGUGGAUCGGGGAGCGACUUUUUAAGAUGUGUAAUCCAGUAGAAGAUGGUUUUAGCCUGAAGGUCGUUUCUGGAUAUGCCACCUUCCUGGACCGAGACUUCAACACAGAUUCUCUCACUAAGGUCGAAAAUGAAAAAGAUCGUCUGCCAGAGGAGAGUUUUAUCCUUCCCCCAGAAAUUGAGAUUUACUCAACAGAUGGCGACCACUUGCCGUUGCCCCCUGGCAGAAGAAGAGAGUUGGAUGAACACUUUUACGGCGAACUGUGGGAACCCGAGGCCUACCCACACCAAGGCUAUAAACGAGACCCACUCUCCACUCUGCCCUUACAGACUCGCAUGCAGGUUCACAUACACAAACACAGACUGCAGGCCAAAAAUGUGGACUGGGAUGUGGCAGCUGUUCUCUCUUUGAACAGAGAAAGUUUUGGUCCUAAAGGGCAUCUGGAAGCGAGCUCAAAGUCGUUGAUCCAGCAGGCCUCCAGAGGGGAUCUACAAGCUGUGCUGCAGAUCCUCCAGACGGGAUUGGUGCAUCCCGAUGUAGCAGAUUCACAGGGGCACACGGCACUGAUCGCUGCCACAGUUAACUGCCAUAAUAAUGUGAUCCACCUGUUGCUGGAUAUGGGUGCUGACAUUGACAAGUUGAAUUGUGAAGGCAUGUCGGCCCUGGCUGUGUGCCACGUCCUCUACUAUCCUUUCCAGUCAAUGCAUACCCCCUUUGCUAAACCCCCUAAAGCAACACAAUCUGUCAGGUCUUUUUCUGCAUGUGGGAGCGGUCCUAAGAUCAGCCAAGUGGACUUCACUACAAAUACAGUCAGGAUUAACAACAGACCUCAGACCACUGGCACAACCCUGAACAAUGAAACCAACCAGAGUCACCUCUCUGAACACCGUAACAUACCCAACGACCCCGAGCUCAUGCCUGAGUUGAAUGAGCCUGCGACCCCUGCAGACACUAAAGAUCUUCAUAAAGAAGAGAGCAAGGGAACAGAAGAGGACGUGCAAAGAGGGAAUCAGAGCAGAUGUGAUCUGAGAAGAGGAAUUUACGAAAGCGAGGUCAAAGGAAUUGAAAGAGAAAUCUGGGAGAGAAAUAAGGACGGGGAAGAUUCUGAGGUUGGUGAGAGUAGAGAAACAGAAGGUGUUGAGGACGUCGAGGAACAUUUGGAGCAGAGAGUGAGAAACAUUCAUGAAGACGAUGUAAAGGAGAUUGAAGAGAGAGGAAGUGAGGGCACGCAAAGCAGCCAGCAAUGGAAGCAAUGUCAAGUUGAGGCAGCAGGAAGAGUUCAGGUAUUAAAGCUCUCAACAGAGCCACUGAGUCCUAUCGGGAUCCCUCAGCACUCUGAGACACAGGAUGUUGUAUGCAAAAGGGCGCCAAGGAAAAUUCAGAACCGAGUUCGUUUGAACACCCUGAAGCUCCUAUUGGAACGGGGAGCUGACCCCAAUGCGUGCAGGGUUCCCAUGCCUGUCCUCUUUUUAGCCAUUAUGGCGUCUGACACUGAGGCCGUCAGGAGACUGCUGCUAUGUGGAGCUCGCACAGACGUUCCCCUCCCAGAUGAGGCAGAAUACUUUUUUUUUUCUUAUUCUAGGAAAGGCCUUUACCCACUUCAUGUAGCUGUAGCGCUGCCAGGUCCAGCAGGUCCCAAGAUCACAGAGUUGCUCCUCCAUGCGGUCGCUGACCCAGACGCACAAGCAGCUGACAAAGAUGAGAUCUAUGGACCAGAUAAGGAUGACAAACCGCUGAGCACCAACGAGAACCUUCUAAAAGGUGGAGGCAGAACAGCCCUGCACGUGGCCUGCCAGAGAGAAAGUGACUACAGGAAUGCCAGUAAAAUAGUUGCCCUCCUGCUCGCCCAUGGAGCCAGCACAGAUCUCCUCUGGAGUGGACACUCACCUCUCUCUUUAGCUAUAGCAUCUGGAAAUGACCUGGUAGUGGAGGAGCUGUUGAAAGGUGGAGCAAAUCCCAACCUACUUCUCGGCCGCAGGGUGGGCAGCGCCCUCUGUGCGCUCCUCAACUUUAACUACCACUUAGGUGGCAACAGAGCCAAGCUGUUGGAUAUAUUAUUUAAGGGGGGCGCUGACAUCUUGAUGCAAGUGAAGGUGGGCAGAGUUGUGGGAAAUGCAGUGGACUAUGCACACUACUCCUUCAACCAGGACUUGCGUAUUGCCCACACUCCAUUCCACGCUCUGAACAUGCGGGAGAGGGAAACAUUCAAAGCACGGCGCCGGCUGCUGAGCAUGAUAGGAGAUCUGCUUAGACAAAGUGCUUGCCAGAGGCAGCGUGAGAUUUCAGAGCGAGAACAAACACUCAAGUUGAAAAGGGCAAGUGUUAUUUCCACGAAUGGGACCGCUCGCAACUGUGAAAAUCUAUCACCCAUAAAGGAAAAACACAGGAAUCCAGAAUUUAAGUUCUGCUAUCACUGCGGCCGCUCUGUGUCCGUGAAGCUGACCGCCUGCAGCCUCUGCCACAAGGUCUUCUACUGCUCCAGGAACUGCAAAGUGAAAGCAUGGGACCAACGACACAAGCAGGAGUGUAGCCGAGAGUCAGCAUCUGCUGAUGGCAUUCAGAGGAGUGUUGUGUUUAAAUCCCAAGGAGGACCCAGGCCCUUGACUGCCGUCUUGAAACCAAAAGCAGUCCCCAGGCCGCUGGUUGUGGAGUUGAAAUCCCAAAGACAUCCUGAGCUGUUAAGCAAGGCUGAGGUCCAAAUCAACCUGAAGGAAAACUACAGCCACAACUGAUGGACACUAUAACUUUGCACUUUUAAUAACAGCUUAAGUACAACUUUAUCUACCUUAUAUACUAACACAUCCUUUGUGAUGCUCAGUACUAAAGUUAUAUAUUUUAUACCUGUAUGAUGACAGUAUUAUGUGCCACAAUGAUUACUCUUUGUCAGUAGGUCUGCACUCUUUAAUAUACUAUUGUUAUACUAAUGUCAUGUCUAUUCUGAAAUGUGCUGUUGACAGAGAUUUUGCAACAACAGAAAUCUAAACCCAAACUGAAUGUGUGGGGAGCAAACACAUGAUAUUUGCACCUGACUUUUAUUAUACCUUAGCAAUUUAACUUUUUUACCACAUCUUAAAGGUCUCUAUCAACAAUUUAUUUGUUGAAUCUGGGAACAGAAGUCAGACAAAAAAAAAAGCCAGAAACAACCGACUUUAUUUCCCCAAAUACUCAGUUGUCAUGUUUCAAGUUGAUGAUGACGACUUUGACAAAGAUGUAGUUGAAAGCCCAAGAAAAGCUUGUAGUAAACCUUGAGUUUACCUUAUAAACCUUCUGAUCUAAAUGUCAUUAAUGCAUUUAUAAGCUGGAGUUCAGCUGGAGAUUGUUACGUUCAGGGGAAAAACAAGGAACUGGACCCACGUGCAGAAUUAACUAAAUAUAUUUAAUAAACAAAAAGGCCAAAGGCAAAAACAAAAACUUACUUCAAAAGCCAAAAACUAGAAGUCAAAAAACACAGGAAAAAUACUUGAAACACAGGUAAGCAGAGGUCUGGCAUAGGACACGGGAAACAACAUACAACACCGACAAACGACAUACAAUUGAACUGAAAAUACAAACUACAUAAGACCAAAUCAUGACAGAGAUGACAGCAUGAUUGUUUAAUAGCAGUACACACACAAUAAGGCUAGUUGUUAAGAUUAUGUUCAUGUGAGUCAACUGAUUCAGAGCGUGACUCAAAGUUUUCUACACAGCUUAUUUUUGUGGCUUUGAGUUUCUAUUUUAAUACCAAACAGUGUUACCUUGGCACAAGACAUAUCUCUUAUUAAGCAGGAUGACAUAACACUUUCUAAACACUCG